GCGAGCCGGAAGAGGAUGGCGGCGGGCUGCGGCGCGCGGAGGUGGCGGCUGCUGCCGGUGCUGCUGCUGGCCGGGGCGGCGCUGGCUCCGGGGCCGGCCGGCGGGGCUGCGUCGGAGCCGGGCCGCUGGAGCCGGACGGCCGGCGGGAACCAAAAGAACUUGUUCAUCUUCUCCAAAACGAUGUUUAAAGGGACUUGGAUUAUCCUGAAAUUUCCCCAUGAAGCCUGCAAUGGCGGGAAAGGGCUCCUGAACGUGACCUGGUAUCUCCGCAGCUCCCGCUGCCACCAUGAAAUCUACAUAAAUGAAAAUGAAGCUUUGACCUACCUGAGCAAUCCCGACAUUGAGGCCAGCGCCCUUGGAGAUGGCCAGUACAUCUGGAACUUCACUGUGGUGCAGUGUGGACAGUUGCACAAGCUGAAUGUCCAGGAACUCCCACUUCCGAAAAAGCUGAAGCACCUCCCAGAUCAAAGGACCUCUGUGCAAAAGAGAGAGGCCCCCAAAGCCAAGGGAGACAAGGAGAAGGGGUCCAUCCCCCCAAAUCAAGAGGCCCAGAAGCCCAGCGAGACCCAGGAGGUGAAGCCGCCUCCCUCGGCCAACAAAGAACCUACAGAAGACCCCAAGAAGAAAGCGGAGGCGCCGAAGAGGAACCUGGAGUCUGUCACAGUUGCUGAAACUUGGAAGGAUGGCCCUUAUGUCUUCAUCCUCAGCAUCACGAGCCCCUUGGCCAACUGGGAGCUCUCGAUUGAUGUUCAGAUGAAACACCCUGAGUACAUAUACAUCUCCGCCUCGGAAUGGCCCCUCAAGGUGUUCUACAUGGUGAUGUGCAUCGUGUACGUGCUCUACGGCGUGUUGUGGCUGAUUCUCCUGGCCUGCUACUGGCGGGAUAUUCUGCGCAUCCAAUUCUGGAUCGGUGGCGUGAUCCUGCUGGGCAUGUUGGAGAAGGCGGUCUUCUACGCCGAAUUUCAGAGCAUUCAGAGCGAGGGGCAAUCAGUCCAAGGCGCCGUGAUCUUCGGCGAGGUGCUGUGUGCCGUGAAGCGGAUGUUGGCCCGGGUCCUCGUCAUUAUCGCCAGCCUGGGAUACGGCAUUGUCAAGCCGCGGCUGGGGGCCCUUCUGAACCGCGUGGUUGGCGUUGGGUUGAUGUACCUGGUCUUCUCCAUCAUUGAAGGCGUGCUGCGGGUUAAAUCGGAACAAGCUAACAUGGUCACCUUGACUUGCGAGAUAUUUCUCGCUUUUGUGGACUCCUGUAUCGUCUGGUGGAUCCUGAUCAGCGUUGUGCAGACCAUGAAGCUGCUGAAGCUGCGAAGGAACCUGGUUAAACUCUCCCUCUACCGCCACUUCACCAACACCCUCAUCUUCGCCGUCAUAGCCUCCCUCAUCUUCAUCGUCUGGACCACCAAGACUUUCCAUCUUGCCACCUGCCAAUCAGACUGGCGGGAACUCUGGAUCGACGACGCCUUCUGGAGGUUCCUCUUUUCCAUCAUUCUGCUGGUGAUCAUGUUCCUCUGGAGACCCUCCGCCAAUAAUCAAAGAUACGCCUUCAUGCCUCUGGUGGACGAGGGCAGCGAGCAAGAGGAAGAGGAAGACGAGCAGGUGGUCAACGAAGUCUUUGGGAUGAAGAUGAGGGGUGGGAAACCGGAAGUCAAUGGGAUUCUAAAAGGCAACCGAGUGAUGCAGGAUGAAGACUUGAAAUGGGUGGAAGAAAACAUUCCCUCUUCCAUGGCUGAUGUUAUGCUACCACCACUGCUGGACUCCGAUGAGGAAAUAGUGACCACAAAGUUUGAAAUGUCCAAGAUGGAAUAAAAUUGGCAUCUUGGCCAGCUGCUUCAACCGCUCUCACUGACGGGUUUUGUACAAAGGAUGCAUCGGGGAAGCACCUUCCCAUUUCUUCCUCUCUUUUUUUUCUUUCUUUUUCCAACUGGUGUUUUUUUUUUUAAUAUAUGUAUAUGGUUUUUAUCCAUAUAUGUAUAUAUAUACAUGAGCGUGCACACAUACAAAAAAAACCCCACACACCUAUACAUAUAUAUAUAUAUAUAUAUUUGUAAAUGGUUAUAAAAGAAUUAUUUUAUUACUUUCUGCAUUUCUAAUCCUGGAGUUUUGGCCGGACGAGGACUCCUGACCCACCUCCUGCUGGAGUGGAGGAUGGAGACGAGCAGAAUUCCCCCUCCCAGCCUGGUUUUAGAAGCAAGAUUUUUUUUCUGCAAUGGGGUGAACAUCUGGCGUUUGUUCCUGGCAACCUCCGGAGCUGCUGCCCAUAGGCAGGUUCCUCAUGUGAGGGUUGGGUCGGGUCCGAAUGUGAAUCCAGAGCAGAAGAGAGCCCCGUCCAACUGCUGAGUUGCAACUCAAGGCUCUCUGCAACAGACUCGGACGCUGGCCAGGGACGAACCGUGGCCUCUGUCCGUAUUUGCCUGCAUGGUAGGAAAGAAAGUGGGAGGGGGGUUUUUCCCUUGGGGGAGACGGAUAAAAUGCCUGUUGUCCAUUAUGGGGGUGUCCUGGGCCGUCCUGCAUGUGCAGAUGAGCAGCACAGGUCAGCAAGAAAGACCCUAACAGCCGCUGCAUUAGACAGGGGUGAGGGUGAGUUUGGGCCAGAGUAACAUCUGACUCCAGAUUUGGCAGCGUUGAGCCCUGGAAAUGUUCUUGAACGGGGACCAAAAGCGGGUUUAGUGCCAGAGCUACCACCGUAUUAAAAGUUCCCGCGUGGGUGGUUAGCACUCAGUAUUCACUGGCUGGAUUGCGAGUCCUUUGCUGUGGCUGUGUUGGCCCUCAACGUGGCACGGCUGCCCCACGGAAGCCUUGAGACCCGAUUGAUUAACUCACAUGGCACAGCAGGAACCGUCUGUUUCAUCCUUGCUUUUUUCAUAUCUCAUCCAAAGCAUCGUCUAAGCCCCCCACCUCCCCGGCUUCGGUCCCUUUCUGCCUCCUGAGAGAUUUGGGGCCCAAAGAGACAAAAGGUGCCUGGUCGUCUUCGCCCUCCCAAAAUCGCCUUCCGAUUUCUUCCCCUUUCCAAUUUCUGAAUUUCUCUGCACUGCGCCGACCCUAUGGGGAAACAUCCGAUCACUUCAUUGUUUGUUUUUUCAUUGGAGAUCCGAUCUGAAUAACGGGUGGACUGGUGAAGGAGGGGAAGAUUACUUAUUAAUUUAUUUUGAAAUUGUGAAUAUGUCUUUGGAGAGAGAAAGCCAUGAGUGUUUAAUGCAGUAAUAUUUUUAAAAUAAACCACUAUCCCACUAA